CAGAGUCACAGCUCUGCCAGAGCCCCCAGGCCUCACGCUGGAGCCCCCUGGAUCCCCGGACACGGGCUCUGAGCCCCCACAGGGUCUCCAGCCCCCCACCAUGGAGCUCCGCAUGCUGCGCCGAUUCUCCUUGGUGGACAACAGCCAACAGAAGUGGAUGCCCCGUCUGCGCUCUCUCUCCACGGCCCGCAGCACGGACAGUCUGGACAGGACAGGGGAUAGGCCGCUCCGCCCUCUGGGGAACACAGCCGCCACUGUCAAGGGGAAAGCCCCCAAGCGGCUAUCCAUCACCCGAACCCAUUUCCCCAAGCUGGCUGAAUGCGCCCAUUUCCACUACGAGGCCGUGGACUUUGGACACAUCCAGCUCCUGCUGGCCUCCGAGCAAGGGGAGGGGCUGCCCAGUACCCUGAGGGACAGGGAGCUGCUCUUCAUCGUCCAGGUCACCUGCAAGGGGAAGACAUGGCCUGUUCACCGCAGCUACGAGGAGUUCUGCAGCUUGGACAGGCAUCUGCACUGCUGUAUCUUCGACCGCCGCUUCUCCCAGCUGCCGGAGCUGCCACCGCCCUGCCAGGCCCGGGGACAGGCUGAGAUGCUGGCCCCAGUCCUGCGGCAAUACCUGGAGAAGCUGUCAGCCAUUGUGGACAGCAACAUUAACUGUGGGCCUGUCCUCACCUGGAUGGAGAUCGAUAAUCAUGGCAACCGGCUGCUGGUGAACGAGGAGGCCUCGAUCAAUGUCCCAGCCAUUGCGGCUGCCCACGUCAUCAAGCGCUACGCGGCCCAGGCCCCUGACGAGCUGUCCUUUGAGGUUGGAGACAUUGUGUCGGUAAUUGACAUGCCCCCCAAGGAGGAGGUCAGCUGGUGGCGAGGAAAGCACGGCUUCCAGGUCGGUUUCUUCCCCAGUGAGUGUGUUGAGCUCUUCCCGGACCGCCUGGCGCCAGAGCUCAAAGCAGGUGAUGCCUGGGCCCCACAGCUGGGUCUUCCACCCCCCCAAGGCUGGUCAACCUUCCUCCAUGCUGUGCCUGCCCCACAUGGGAAGCUCCUUGGUUUUCUUCUCACCUUCAUGAAGUCACGGCCCAGCAAGCAGCGACUGAAGCAGCGCGGGAUCCUGCGUGAGCGUGUUUUCGGCUGCGACCUGGGGGAGCAUCUCCUGAACUCGGGGCAUGAUGUUCCCCAGGUCCUGCGCUGCUGCUCAGAGUUCAUCGAGAAGCACGGCAUGGUGGAUGGGAUCUAUCGCCUCUCAGGCGUUGCCUCCAACAUCCAGAAGCUGCGGCACGAGUUUGACAGCGAGCGGGUGCCAGAGCUGGGCCGGGCGACCUAUCUGCAGGACAUCCACUGCGUGAGCUCCCUGUGCAAGCUCUACUUCCGCGAGCUGCCCAACCCGCUGCUCACCUACCAGCUCUACCACAAGUUCGCGGAAGCUGUGGCAGUGCCCGGUGAGGAGGAGCGCCUGGUGCGGGUGCAUGAUGUCAUCCAGCAGCUGCCACCGCCCCACUACAGGACCCUGGAGUUCCUGCUGCGGCACCUGGCGCGGGUGGCCACACACAGCCCAGAAACCAGCAUGCACAUCAAGAACCUGGCCAUCGUAUGGGCCCCCAACCUGCUCCGGUCACUGGAGCUGGAGGCCGUGGGGCUAAGCGGGGCGGAGGCCUUCCACGAGGUGCGAGUCCAGUCCGUGGUGGUUGAGUUCCUGCUCAGCCAUGUCCAGGUGCUGUUCAGUGACAAGUUCACCUCCAUCGGCAAGGACAGCGCAGGGCGCUCCUGCCUCCCGCGCCCCAAGUCCUUGCUGGGCAGCUGCCCCUCGACCCGCCUGCUCUCGCUGGAGGAGGCCCAGGCCCGGACACAGGCCCAGGCCCAGGCCCAAGUCCAAGCCCAGGCCCAGCACACGGCCCCUGGCCAGGCCAAGAGACCUGAGGCCAAGACUGGACGGGGGCCGUCAGGGAGGCUGCCCCUUGCGCUGGACUCUCCCCAUGACAGGCGCCAGGCGCGGGGCGGGAGCUGGAAAACCUUCUUUGCCUUGGGCAGGGCACCUGCCAUCAGCCACAAGAGAGUGCAGCUUCCAGGCAGGCAGAUGGGGCUCUGGGCCGACACUGUCACACUGCGAUCCACCAAGAGUGAGGAGUCACUCACGUCCCAGUCCAGCACCGCGGGCCUGCACAAACUGAACCGCCUGCGGCGCCCACACUCCAACAGCGACGCCUUCCCAGCCCUGCCUGGUGCCCUCCCUAGGACCUCGCAAGACCCCCUCAAGCCCUGCCGCUCCUGCGAGUCGCUGAGCUCCUCGGCCUCCGGCGGCUGCAGCGAGAACCUGGCACCCCAUCACCGCGCCUCCGUCUGGCUGGACGAUGAGGGCGAGCUGGACUCGGAACCAGACCUCAGCCCCCCCGGCUUCCUGGACUUGGACCUGCUCCCCUUCCAGCGCAGCCCCCCCCAGUGCCCCUCACUCUCUGAGGCCUCUGACUUGGCCUCCAGCCCUGCCCACCUUCCCUUCACCUGCAAGGUGGCCCAGGCACUGUCACCCCAUGGCCCGGAGCCCCCCACGGCUGCCCUGGAGAUCUCGGAGCCCGUGGCCAUCUCGCUGCCCGCCAAAGUGCUGGAGAUGCUGGGGGGGGGCGAGACUGGGGGUGUGUUGAGGUCCGGACGGCACCGGAGGACGCGCAGCCCCUCCCCCAUGAUCUCCCGGCUGCUGCAGACUGGCGACAGGAUGCUGACUGACAGCUGCCAGCGGGCUCACCGCCCCCCCAGCACUGCCACUCCUCUCCGGCGCCCGCUGCUGGAGCCCGCAGCCGAGAACCUGUACUACGAGAUCGUCCCAGAGCCGCCCAUGUACCAGCCCUGGCCUCUGGGCCCCCCGCACCCUCUGGCACCCCCUGAGUACCUGGCUGCCCUCAACGCUUCCUACGGCGUCUUCCAGCAGCCCAGGCCUGACCCCUCGGCCCCAACACCACCCCUCUGGGCCAUCUUUGAGGAAGGGCGCAUCCGCUACGAGCCACCAGAGCCCGUCUACGUCAAUGUCCCCUUUGCUGGUCCUGCGGCAGGGCCAGAGGCCGGGGGGCACCGCCGCGGCAGGGCCAGCCCCUCCUCAUCCUCCACCUCGUCCUCCCCUCCACUGGAGGGCGGGCACCUGCGCAGCCGCUCUGACCCUGGGGCUGCCCGCGCCGCCCUGCGCCGCCCCCCGGUGCCAGCCCUGCCGCAGAAACAGAGGCAGGGCCUGCGGGCAGCACCAGGCUGGGCCUACAGACCGCCAGCGGUGCCGGGACUUUACCGCCAGCUACGAGAUGUGCUGCCCUGUGGCAGCACCAUGCUGCGAUUCUACCGCCCAGCACCACCUGGCUGGGAGCCGGCCGCCACCUGCACCCCCCCCUUCACUGCCUACGUUGAGCCCUCGCCCCGGCCUCCUGCCCUCCUCAGCCCUGGCCUGGUGGACGGUUACCGGCUGGGGCCCUACUCCCCCUGUGCUGAGCACCUGCCCCCCCAGUAUGGCAAUGUGGAGAGGAAGGAGGGGCCUCCCCCACCGCCCACAUGCCUGGCUCCCAACUGGACAGUGCGCUCUGAGGGGCAGACUCAGAGCUACUGCUGAGGGGGGGGCCGCGCUGGAUCACGAGACACCCUGGCUGGGGGGCUGGAGGACCUGUGUUGAGCUCCCCAAGUGCUGACACCCCCUUCCCCCCAGGUGUAGGAUCUGAGCAUUGGCUGGGGACCAUUGCUGAGAGAGUUGGGCUGUGACAUCACGGGAGGCCCCAGUGAUGUCACCCGAAGUCUGUAUGACAUGCCUGAGCUGCUGCAGGGCUGGAGUGAUAUCACACUGGGCUCAUCAAUGGCAGGAGGAUGGGCACUGUGACAUCACAAUGAGGCCACCAAUGGCAACAGGACUGGUACAGUGACAUCGCUACAGGGCCCUCAAUGGUGGGAUGAACACCUGAUGUGACGGCAGCCCAACUGCAUUGCUGCUCCCCAGUGAUGUAACAGCUGCUCUCCAGUGACCUCAGGGCCCCUCAGUGACAUCACCACAUCCCAUAUGACAUCACUGGGCUACAGUUGUCAUCAUAACUAGUAGCAUCAUUGCCCACUUUGGCUAGGCCUUCACUUACUAAUAGGAACCGCCUCAGUGUGACAUAGGGAGGGGGCACUGGUGACAUCAGCAGAACCAUGAAUGACAUCACUACCUGACUGCCCCCUGGGGCCAGUGUGGGGCAUAAAACUCUAGGGGUCUUACCCUGCUGCCAGCCCUGGUAAUAGGGGGACCCUCCCUGCCCCCUUGUGGGCAGGACAGGGGGGCUGGUCUAUAAAGUUUUUAAAGCUGAGCAAGAUUUCUAACGUUUUAACCCUUCAUUAACCCAAUUAAAACACCCCCACCCUGAGAUAGGAUCCCCAGGGCCGUACCAAGGGGAGGGGAGGGAGGCUAAAGGAAAAAAAAUCUCUUCUCCAGCCUGCUUGUCUGACCUCCCUGGUCAGCAUGACCCAUGGGCUGGGGUGGGGGCAUACUCAGCCUGGGGGGCUGUAUGUAUCUGGCUAGACUAGGGGGUGUGCCUGCUGCCCUCUGCUGGAGGAGCUGAGCCCUGCUUGGGGGGUGUGAUGGUUGGUGCUUGGUUGUGUUGUGUGGUUGUGGCUGUUGUUGUCUGGUUGUGGCAGUACCGCAGUGUAUGUGUGGGGGU